AUGAAUGCUGAGACUUGCGUCUCUUACUGCGAGUCGCCGGCCGCUGCCAUGGACGCCUACUACAGCCCGGUGUCGCAGAGCCGGGAAGGUUCAUCGCCUUUUAGGGGAUUCCCUGGCGGGGACAAGUUCGGCACAACUUUCCUGACGGCCGCAGCCAAAGGGCAGGGAUUCGGGGACGCCAAGAGCCGGGCCCGCUACGGCGCCGGGCAGCAGGACCUGGCUGCACCCUUGGAGAGUGGCGCCGGGGCGCGGGGCUCCUUUAACAAGUUCCAGCCCCAGCCUCCGACCCCGCAGCCCCAGCCGCCGCCGCCGCCGCAGCCGCCCGCGCAGCAACCGCAUCUGUACUUGCAGCGGGGCGCCUGCAAGACACCCCCGGACGGCAACCUCAAACUCCAGGAAGGCAGCAGCGGCCACAACGCGGCCUUGCAGGUCCCCUGCUACGCCAAAGAGAGCUCCCUGGGUGAACCGGAGUUGCCGCCCGACUCUGACCCUGUGGGCAUGGACAGCAGCUACCUCAGUGUGAAGGAGGCCGGGGCAAAGGGGCCCCAGGACCGGGCGAGCGCCGACCUCCCGAGCCCACUGGAGAAGGCCGACUCGGAGAGCAACAAGGGCAAGAAGCGGCGGAACCGCACCACCUUUACCAGCUACCAGCUGGAGGAGCUGGAGAAGGUCUUCCAGAAGACCCACUACCCUGAUGUGUAUGCACGGGAGCAGCUGGCCAUGAGGACGGACCUCACCGAGGCCCGGGUGCAGGUCUGGUUCCAGAACCGCAGAGCCAAGUGGAGGAAGAGGGAGCGCUUCGGGCAGAUGCAGCAGGUUCGGACCCACUUCUCCACCGCCUAUGAGCUGCCCCUCCUCACCCGAGCCGAGAACUAUGCCCAAAUUCAGAACCCGUCCUGGAUUGGCAACAAUGGGGCUGCCUCACCGGUGCCGGCCUGUGUGGUCCCCUGUGACCCGGUACCUGCCUGCAUGUCCCCUCACGCCCACCCCCCUGGUUCCGGGGCCAGCAGUGUCACCGACUUCCUGAGUGUCUCUGGGGCUGGCAGCCACGUGGGCCAGACGCACAUGGGCAGCCUGUUCGGAGCAGCCGGCCUCAGCCCAGGCCUCAACGGCUACGAGCUGAACGGAGAGCCCGACCGCAAGACCUCGAGCAUCGCUGCGCUGCGGAUGAAGGCCAAGGAGCACAGUGCAGCCAUCUCCUGGGCCACAUGA